AUGGCUGCCACGGCAGUGGCUGGAGGACUGCUGCCCCAGCUUGCAACGGCUUUGGUCACUGCCAAUUUCAAGGGCUCCGGCAACUGUCCGAGUCUAGAAUUUGCAGAAUCAGCAGCUCAAAUACUAUAUGGGACAAAUAACAGCAUAAAUCCUCCCCUCAAUCUUUCAAGCUGCAUAGAGGCAGCAAUUCUUGUUGCUGGUUCAGUUUAUGAGUACAAUACCGAUUCGGGUACAAAGGUGGGUUUGGUUUAUGGAUCAACAACAGAAGAUGUGCUAACAGGAAUCAGAAUUCUUGCAAAGGGUUGGAGAUCCGUAUACUCAGAUUUGGACUCACCUGCAUUUCUUGGGUGUGCACCGACGGGUGGACCCGUAAUCAUGACCCAAACGACAAGAAGGAUCACUGGAUUUUUAGAGAUCCUCUUCAGCAGUAGAAGUCCCAUUCUUGCCACCAUCACUGCAAAGCUCCAGUUGAGACAAUGCUUAGCCUAUCUUUACUUACUGAUAUGGGGACCAUGUUCUCUACCUGAGUUAUGCUAUGCUCUAUUGCCCACAUUCAGUAUCUUCACCAACACCCAUUUCCUACCUACGGUAUCUGAACCAGCUAUAUUCAUUCCGGCUUCCCUUUUCAUCAUCUAUAAUCUCUACACUCUUUCGGAGUACAUCCAAUGUCGCCUCUCAAUCAGAGCAUGGUGGAACAACAGGAGAAUGUCAUGGAUAGUUACUACCUCAACGGCAUGCUUGUUUCGAUUUCUAUGUUUCUUUCCCAAGUUUGUUGGGCUUUCAGAGAAUGUUUUCAAAGUUAUGCCAAAAGAUAACCAAGCUGGUUCUGGUACUGAAGACACCGACCAUGGCCGGUUUACCUUCGAUGAAUCUCCAAUUUUUGUGCCACCAACAGUCCUGUUUGUAAACUUGACUGCACUCUUCAUGGCCUUCCUUGAUGGGUCUUGUUGGUUGGGGCUAGGGGAGAUCAUUUGCUGUGCAUGGAUGGUGCUCACCUUCUUGGCCUUCCUCAAAGGGCUCUUUCGGAAAGGAAUAUAUGGUAUCCCUUGGCCCACCACCGUAUGGAAAUCAGCUGCGUUGGCAUCACUCUUCCUGCACUUUUCAAGGCACUGGGCUUCUAAAGGUUAAAUAGAUAAUCUCAGAAUUAUAGUUAUUUACCUUCAUGAUCCAAGCCUAGUCAGUAA